GGGGGGGGGGGGGAAGGGGGGGGACAGGCGAGGAAAGCGAACUAGCUGCUUUCCGAGUGAAAUCGAAAAAGGCAGCCGCGGAGCCUCGCUUUAGUCUUCUCUUCCCGACCUAGCCCCGAGGCACUAGAGUCCGCCCGCGCGCCCUCCCAGCAAAAGGGAGGCGGUCUCUAGCCGGGGUGGGGAGGGAAGGGGUGGAGGGGAAGGGAGAAGAGAACGCAGGCGCAAGCGCGCGACUGCGGCCUCCGGCUCCCUGGCCCCGCCCCUUGCGGGGGCGCGCGGCGCCUGGGACCGUACGGGAAGAGGGAAGUCAGGUGGCCGCUGCCGCCGCCGCUUGUCGCCAGAAGAAAGAUGGCGGAUCUGGAGGAGCAGUUGUCGGAUGAGGAAAAGGUGCGCAUAGCAGCAAAAUUCAUCAUCCAUGCCCCUCCAGGAGAAUUUAAUGAGGUAUUUAAUGAUGUUCGGUUACUGCUUAAUAAUGAUAAUCUUCUCAGGGAAGGGGCGGCUCAUGCAUUUGCACAGUAUAACUUGGACCAGUUUACUCCAGUAAAAAUUGAAGGCUAUGAAGAACAGGUAUUAAUAACAGAGCAUGGUGAUUUAGGAAAUGGAAAAUUUCUGGAUCCCAAAAAUAGGGUCUCUUUCAAAUUUGAUCAUUUAAGAAAAGAAGCUACUGAUCCCAGGCCCUACGAAGGUGAAAAUGCCAUUGAAUCUUGGAGACAUUCAGUGGAAACUGCCAUGAGAGCCUAUGUAAAGGAACAUUACCCUAAUGGUGUCUGCACAGUUUAUGGUAAAACUAUAGAUGGACAGCAAACCAUUAUUGCAUGCAUAGAAAGUCAUCAGUUUCAAGCAAAAAACUUUUGGAAUGGUCGUUGGAGAUCAGAGUGGAAGUUUACAAUUACUCCUUCUACCACACAGGUGGUUGGUAUCUUGAAAAUUCAGGUUCACUAUUAUGAAGAUGGUAAUGUUCAACUAGUGAGCCAUAAAGACAUACAAGAAUCUCUAACAGUGUCUAAUGAAGUCCAAACAGCAAAAGAAUUUAUAAAGAUUGUAGAAGCGGCAGAAAAUGAAUAUCAGACUGCCAUCAGUGAGAAUUAUCAGACUAUGUCGGACACUACUUUCAAAGCCUUACGUCGACAGUUGCCAGUUACACGCACUAAGAUUGACUGGAAUAAGAUCCUUAGUUACAAAAUUGGGAAAGAGAUGCAGAAUGCUUAAGAUGAACACUGCAUGACUGGAUCAUUUUAGUGUCCAUGUAUAAAAAAAAAUUACAAAAGUAUUCAAAACUGUCAAGUUGCCCAUUUAGCAUGGGCUUUUGCCAUUGAAAAUCACUGUAAUUAAGUAGUUUGGUUAGAGCACGAGGCUUAGCUAAUCAAUCUUUGUUUUUUAAUUUUUUGUUUUCUUAUGUUCAGAGAGGGUUGCAAAUCACAUUAGAUAAGAAAUAUAUUCUUUCUUACACUGAAGAGAGGUGAUGCCUCUAGUUUUUGGUUAAGAAAAAGUGUAUGAAAACUAUAUUUGCUUGAUGUAACCCUUUAAUUGAUGUCUUUUAUGAAGUGGAUAACUUUUUUGAAAUUUGCCAGAUUCUUUUUAAUGGGGUCCUUAAUGGCCAUUUCUAGUUUAAGGUGGUUGAUGGAUUUAGCCAUAUAUGCUGCUGAAGAAAUUGUCUACCUUUCCCCCUUUCCUCUUCCAUGUAUGUAAGACUGAGUUUAGAGGGAAAGUAUUUUCUAUAUUAAUUAUGUUUAAACCUUUCAAGAUAGUUAUUUAGCUAGCUUAGUGUUUAACUAAACUUUUUUUAAACAAGGCCAAGAUCUAAUGCUUUUUGAGAUUUUGAAAUUAAACAAAAAUACUUACUUCAGAAUUGUAUUUAAUGCCUUCUUUCCUGUGACAGUUACUCAAUUGAGCCUGGAUUCUAUCUGCCCUCAAGUUACAUUUUAUCACACAGCCACAAAUGUAUUAUAACAAGGCAGAUUGUAAUAUAUAUAUAACCCUGUACUUAUGACCAUGUUUUGGUUUUUCCCCUUGGAUUGAAAUGUACUAAAAUUCAAUGUGACAUUAAAAUGAAAAUUUUCCUAUUUAUUUGACUAGAAAGUCACUUACUGGUGAGUCAUAUACUAUUUUAAAAUACUUUCUCUGGAUGUUGUGGCUCUUCACUGGUUGUAAAUUAGAAAAGCUGGGAGUACAUAUGGUGUGCUGUAACAUUCUAAAUUUUUCCAUCUUCCUGUGCUAAUAAGCAUGUUUGUAAUAUUAAAAAUACAUUUAUUGAUGCUUUGCUACAGGAGUUUCAAGCCUGUGGUAACUAUUAGCAUUUGCUGUAGAGAGUGGAAUGGAUUAUGAUUUCAUCAACUAAACUAACACUCACUUUGCUUGAGAGUGGAAUCCUUUCCUCAUCUUCUUCUGCAGAUGUCCAGGAGCUGGAAAAUGUUUUUUUAAGAAACACCACUUUUAUUAUGUACAAUAAACUAUUUCAUUAGCUUGAAAUGCA